GCUAUAGCAGCAGGUUUAUCGGACCAUUCAGCAAGCACAGUAAGCUAACAGUUGAAAACUUAUCACUAGAAACACUGCAUUUUGUUAUUCGUGUUUUCUUGACAAGGGACCCGUUUUUGUACAUUUAAAAAGACAUGGCUGCGGAUUGGCUGGGUAGUUUGGUGUCAAUCAACUGUGGACCAACACUGGGAGUCUAUCAAGGAGAGGUAUCAUCAGUGGACCAGUCCUGUCAAACCAUUUCGCUCAGACAACCUUUCCACAACGGAGUCAAGUGCCCAGUUUCAGAAGUUACAUUCAGUGCCAUUGACAUAAAGGACCUCAAGAUCUUAGAAAUCAGAGUUGGAAAUGCUCAGAACAACUCUUCAGUGUCGACUAAUACAAGCAGUACCCCGGUUGCAGUACCAAAAGGUGAUCUCCGGACAGUAGAGAUAGUCAACUCUCUGCAACACUGCUCCAAAAGCUAUGGAGACCGCCAUCUGGAUGUCCCUAAGGGCUUCAGGCGAAGACACAACUCCUGGUCAUCAAGCAGUCGAGGUGCAAAUCAAGCCACCCCCAAAAAGAAUGGGUUGAAAAACGGGAGUAGCCAGAUGAAGCAAAGGGACGAUGAGUGCUUCGGGGACGGCAUGGACGACGGCUUGGACACGGAUUUUGAUUUUGAAGGAAACUUGGCCCUUUUCGACAAAGCAGCUGUUUUUUCAGAGAUUGACACGUCAGAGCGUCGUAAUGGGGCAAAGUCACGAGGUACCCCUCACGAGCAGACUGCCUCGCGGUACCGCCACGACGAGAACAUUAUUGAGGGCAAACCUAUAGUGUACAGACAAAUAACAGUACCACAGCCUGGACCCAAAGAAUACUGCACUGACUCUGGACUGGUUGUACCUAGUAUAGCUUAUGAACUGCACAAGCGUCUGCUAUCAGUCGCAGAGCGAUAUGGCCUCACGUUCGAGCGGCGACUUGAGAUGACUGGCGUGUGUGCGAGUCAGAUGGCGCUCACACUGCUUGGUGGGCCUAACAGAUUCACGCCAAAGAAUCUUCACCAGCGUCCCACAGUAGCACUGCUGUGCGGGCCGCAUGUGCAAGGGGCUCAGGGCAUCAGCUGUGGUCGUCACCUGGCCAAUCACGAAGUUGAGGUCAUCCUGUUCCUUCCGAACUUUGUCAAGAUGCUCGACUCUGUCACCAGCGAGCUCACUCUGUUUAAUAAGACUGGCGGCAAGCUAGUAUCAAACAUCAAAGAAAGUAUUCAGACCCCCUUAAAUUUUUCACUCUUAUUAUAUUGCAGCCAUUUCCUAAAAUCAUUUAAGUUCAUUUUUGUCCUCGAUGUACACACAACACCCCAUAUUGACAGAAAAAAACUGAAUUGUUGACAUUUUUGCAGAUUUAUUAAAAAAAAAGAACUGAUAUAUCACACAGUCAUAAGUAUUCAGACCCUUUGCUCAGUAUUUAGUAGAAACACCUUUUUGAGCUACUACAGCUUUGAGUCUUUUUGGGAAUGAUGCAACAAGUUUUUCACACCUGGAUUUGGGGAUCCUCUGCCAGUCCUCCUUGCAGAUCCUCUCUAGUUCUGUCAGGCUGGAUGGUGUACGUUGGUGGACAGCCUUUUUCAGGUCUCUCCAGGGAUGCUCAAUUGGGUUUAAGUCAGGGCUCUCGCUGGCCAAUUCAAGAACAGUGACAGAGUUUUUCUCAUUGUAUAUAUUUUCCUCCUUCGUUAUUUUAGCUGUGUGCUCGGGUCAUUGCCUUGUUGGAAGGUGAAACUUUGGCCCAGUCUGAGGUCCUGAGCACUCUGGAGAAGGUUUUCAUCCAGGGUAUCCCUGUACUUGGCCACAUUCAUCUUUCCUUCAAUUGCAAAGGGUCUGAAUACUUAUGGCUGUGUGAUAUUUCAGUUUUUCUUUUUUUAAUAAAUCUACAAAAAUUUCAAAAAUUCAGUUUUUUUCUGUCAAUAUGGGGUGAUGCGUGUACAUUAAUGAGGACAAAAAUAACUUAUGAUGAUUUUAGCAAAUGGCUGCAAUAUAACAAAGAGUGACAAUUUUAAGGGGGUCUGAAUACUUUAAUAACGGACUUUAUUUUUUUUUCUACCUGUGAGGAGCAUUUCCGUAUUGCGGCUGUGGCUUGUAGUUCUUCCUGAAAGCGCCCCUCACAAAAACUGCAGUCAUCUUAAUGGCGAGAUGGUGAGUUACAUUUUGAAUCAUUUGUUUUUAUUUUAUCUAUAUCAUUGUCAGUUGUGAAUUGCAUUUAAGUGACUCCCUCGUGUGUGGCGCUAGCCUAGUUGCUGGGCAAAGCUGAUCAACAACAGCUGGCUCACUGUUUUUUUUCUAUUGCUUGGCCAGCUCCAAACGUGUUCAAUCAUGAGCACAGUAUUGGGAUUAAAUUACUUUUAUUGGCUUUAGACAGAAUACAAUAGUAGUACAGAAUACAAAAACAUGCUCCUUCAAAGUAGCCUGCAACCUGAGCGGUGCAUGUCUCACUGGAGACGAUUGACUUCAUAUCCGCUACAGGAGUUAUUUUCACAUUUGAAGUGUGACUUUUUCCAAAUAUUUAUGGCAUUCAUGCGUCUCAGGAAAAUUCUACGAUGCAGGAAUUCCUUCGAGUCAGAGACUUCACUGAGUCACUCCUUUUGUGUCGGUGUGCACAUAUUUGCACGGUACCACAGUGGGUGUGUCAGAAGUCAUUAUGACAGAAUUGGCGCACCUUGACAGUGCCCAAGACAGGUGUGUAUAAAAAAAAAAAAAAAAAGACUUACCUUGAUAUGAUUUUGAGUUCUUUUUAAUUUAGAGAAUACCCAAGUGUAUUACAGGAGGAUUAGGAAGCACUUGCUUCAUACUGUAUUUGUGUCAGCAUUCUUAUCUCAUUUUUGCAGCAUUCCAGAGCCCCGGAAUAUUGUUACAAAUAUGAUGUAUUGACCAGCAUCAAGGAUUGUGAACCAUUGUGAAUGACUCUUCUUUGAUUUGCCAGUGUAGCUGUGAAUCUCACACAUCCAGUAUUCUGCUGUAAUUGUGGCUUUCUCAUUUUCUUUGGCCGAGAUGUGCUGAAGCUGUUCAGAAAUGUUUGUACUGUAUGCGUUUGUUUUUCACUUUGACUAUCACCUUUUAAUAUUUUUUUUUUGGUCUAGAAGAGAUUGUUUGCAUUUCAACUAAGUCUUAUCCGUGUACUUUUUGCCCAUGUUUUCUAACGUGUGUAACACCUGCAGACUGAAAGAAUUAAACAUGUUUGCCUUUUUUUAAAAACUUUUUUUGUACAACUUUCUUUACCAAAGUACAGAAUUGUAAUCAAGCACUUAUAUAACAUUUGGCCUGUUGCACGGCUGUAAACAGUCAUGGAACACAUUCAGGUGCCAAUUCUCCUUAUGUGAGCAUGCAUUUAAAAACCCUAUAUCAUAAUUUUUUGCUGUAAUUUUACUGCUGGUGUGAAAUGAAUACCAAAUGAUCUGGUUAGUCACCUCGCUUACACCCUAGGUGUGUGCACAUUUAGUAGUUUAAUGAUUUUAAUGUAGGCCAAUAUGGGAACAAAGUGAUUAGCAUGCCUGCCUCACAGUUUGAGCUUUGAAUCUGGUCUCCGGGUACUCCGGCCUCCUCCUUUUUUUUGUCUAAAUGUGCCCUGCGACUGGCUGGCAACGAGUCCAGGGUAAACCCUGCCUCUCCUAAAGUCAGCUGGAGUCCAGGCUUCAGCUCCCCUCUGAGUCUAAUGAGGAAAGGCAUUAUAGAAAAUGAAUGGAUGAGUUCAAUAUUAAAAAAAAAAAAAAAACGUCUUCACUUGGUAUCAACAAUGUUAUUUUACAGUUAUGGGCUGUGCAUUUAAUACCUGGGCCUUGAGUCCAAAUCCACCAUCCAUACUAAACAAAAUAUACAAUAUAACAGCGUGCCACGUAUGUCCUCAGGAGGUGUUCAGAAUCAAUAUUGUAUUUAUCUGAUAACGUGACGCCAAAAAAAAAAAUAAUCAUGCCAGUGAUGUUGAUUAUUAAAUGUAUUACAGUAAAGUGUACAGAUUACUACAGACUAGUUUUACCAGCCAAACAAGUUUCGCUCAUACCAACCAGUCCGAGAAGGGGGGGGGAAUGAUGUUGAUGUGGCCAGCUAAAUUUGAAAUUUGAUGGGUUGAAUAAGCAGUCCCAAUGCUAAUACAGUUUAAAUUUGGGCAGCACUACUGAUUCUGAAGACCCUGAAGAUUAGUUUGCCAUGGCAGCACAUAGAGGUUAAACAAAUUGAUUGAUUGAACAAAGCAAUUAAACACACAAACUGAAAGCAGGGCAGCCAAGAGAAACGCUACAAAGACAAUGACGGUCAUGGAACAAAUAUUAGAAUGUACAGUGCCGUGAAAAAGUAUUGGCCCCAUUCUCAAAUUCGUAUAUUUUUGAAUAAUUUCCCCACUGUAAUGUUUUAAGAUCACCAACCAAAUGUAUAUGUCAGACAAAUAUAACCCAAGUGAACUAGAAAUGCUGUUUUUGAAUGGUGAAUUCAUUAAGAGAGAAAAAAAAACUUCAAAGUUACCUGGCCAAGUGUGAAAAAGUAAUUUCCCCCUUGAAUUAAUUAAUUGUGGCUCAUCACCUAUAUCACUAUAAUGGUAUCCUAUAUGCAUUUUCAUAUUGUGAAAUUGUGACACAUUUUAAAUUCAUUUCCAUUUUCCCAUCUAUAUCACCUAUAAAAAAUCCCGGCACGGUGGGCGACUGGUUAGCACAUCUCCCUCACAGUACUGAGGAACUGGGUUCCCUGUAUGGAGUUGGCAUGUGCCUGCGUGGGUUUUCUUUGGGUACUCCGGUUUCCUCCCACAUUCCAAAAACAUACAUGGUAUGUUAAAACUGAAUUGUCCAUAGGUGUGAAUGUGAGUGCAAAUGGUUGUUUUUCUAUAUGUGCCCUCCGAUUGGCUGCCAACCAGUUCAGGCUGAAAUAGGCACCCACACACCCGUGACCCUCGUGAGGAUAAGCAGUUCAGAAAAUGGAUGAAUAAAAAUCACUCCACAAUAUUUUUUUUAUAGGUAAUGUAUCUGUUUAACAUGAGACUUAAUACUUUCCUAUAACUGAUGUUCAUUAUAAGACAAAGUUAAACAUGUUCACUAUACGGGUGUAACUAUAUAACUGCAGGAGUGUUCAUUGUAUUUCAGCAUUGCAAUUCUAAAAGUGAAACUCAUAAAUUGUGCAGAUUCACUCAAAACCUCAUUUCCAUAUUCAAAUCUUUCUGACUGUUGCUUAUGCAACGUUGUAAUUUAGAUGUUUGUGUUAUUAGAUGGUAAACUGGGUUUUUUUGUUAACUGUAAGCUAAAAUCAAUAAAAUAAUUUACUCUGCCUACUUAAUCUAUUUAAUAUUAUAUUUUUUAAAUUGAACUAGUGAAAUAGGUGAAGUUUCCUAAUUCUAAUUUAUUGAGAUGCACCUGUACACUAUACCAUAAAGUACUGUACUGCUCACGUGUUUUUUGCGGGCAUUGCCCAAUCCAAUAUGGCGGCCACUUACCGGUGCUGCAACCACACCUCAUGCUAGUGCGCAUGCGUAAUGCGAAAUUAAGGCGUGGCAAGAAUUUGAAGGGCUUGGUUGAAUGGGCGUGUGAGAUGUCAACAGAGUAUCCUAUCUAACCAGUAUUUUAUUAGCGACAGUGUUGUUGCUUUUUUUGUGCUCCAUCUCUUCUCUCAUAUUCGAGUCAUUCUAGUUUCACUUUACUGUUAGUCUGUACGAGUUUUCGGCUGCGCACCCACUGACGAGUGGAUGUUCGGGGACACCUGUGACAUUUUGUCCCUGUCUGGAUUUGGAUACUGUACAUUUUGGGCUUCGACUUUUACUGAUGCUAGUUUUGUUUUGUUUUGUUUUUUCCCUUCCCCUUUGGGUGGGAA